CUCCCCCACCGCAUUGACCAAUCUGGCCGGAGGCCGAGCCUGAGAGCACACCGGUGGCCAUUUGCAUCUCCGGCGACAGGCGCACCUUGGGCGAGGUGUCUCUGGAACUCACGGCGGACUGGUGCCAUGGGAGCUCGUGUACGACAGGCUGUGCGGGGAGCGCUCGCCACGAUCUUCGGCGAGGGUGGAGGGUACAGCCGCCGGAGCGCGCUGGCGUGCGUUCGAGCUCGCCAACGUCGACGCCAUGCCAUUGUGGGCGUUUGCACCCGUCGUGCUGGCCACGACGGUGAGCGUGUGGAGGCGCCCGUGGACGCCAAACCACGGGGUGGCCGUCGUCGGAGAUGCAGAUGGCGCGGAACCAGCAUCUAGGCCACCACCGUGCGGGCGCUACGGAGUCGCCGACCUCGCCAUUGACCGAAGCUGGCCGCCGCAUAAAUCGACGCCGGCGACCAUUUCGUCGACGCCAUUGAGCUCCGUCCCCCACGUCCGCUCCGUUAUAGGCACCGUCGUGUGAGGGAGGGAUCCAGAGCGAAGGACGAGCUCCUCCAUGGCGGCCACGGCCAGCUCAAUCACCAGCGGAGAACGUGCACAUGAGGUGCUCGACAGAAUGCCCCCGAGGUAAAUUUUGUGUGAAGGUAAUGACAGGUAGGCCAAAUUUAAUGAAAACCGGUGGCAAAUUGUGGAAAAAUGAAAACCCGUGGCAAAGCCUUGAAUUGUUGUGGUAUCUUUUUUUUGUUUUUUUGCAAUUUUCUCAUGUUUUCUUGACUCGCGUGACGCGUGCACCUGCCAAAUUUAGAAAUUUCAACUUGGAGACUUGCUGAACAAUAGAAGACUUGAAUCUUCAGGCUACAUUUUAACUUUGGCCUGUUACUCAGCGCUGAGCCGCUGACAGAGUGGCCAAUUUUUCUGCACCUUAUUUCUAUUAUCUGAUCUAUCAUCUGAAGCAAACUGCUACUGCAAUAGGCUCACAAGGUCGGCUGUAGCACACAUGCAACCGUCUCUGGCUCAAAUAGCUCUAUUAAGUGAGGUUAAGAAAGAAGGAAGAUACAGAGGAGUUCAUUCAGAAACAUCUUGCCACGGUGAAGUACAAGGUGAGGAGCAACGUGGGUAACCAGUCCAAAUCACCGUGGAAUGUCAAUCUCAGAGCAACAUCAGGUAUAUUGGCAAUCCCUGGGCAACACCCGUCUCUUCCCCACUCCUGGACACCGUAAUUUUACCACUACUCUUUCCAUUGGAGAAAUUAAAUUCAAGAUGGAGCUUGCCAUGUCUGCAGUAGCAGGUGAACUCUUGAGCCGAUUCAUCUCCUUCCUCAGCAACAAGUACCACUCGAGCCAGGCAUACUCGGAAGAUAAGCAGCUUGAGAAGCUGCAACUGCUGCUCCUGAGAGCUUGCACUGUCGUCGAGGAGGCGGACGGGCGGUACAUCACCAACUCGGGCAUGCUCGCGCAGCUCAAGAUGCUGGCGAGCGCUAUGUACCGAGGCUACUGGGCGCUAGGGGCCGCCAGUUACAGGUCCCUCGAGGAGGAUAGUACCCUGGAGGUGGAGGUUAGCAACUCAUCUGUCUGUCCAAAACGUUCCCGCGCAGUCCAUGCCAAUGCUCGAAAGAACCAGGCCAGGUACCUUCUCGAGCUUCAGGGUGCACUGGAAAGCUUAGAAAGUAUUGUUGGUAAUCUGAGGGAGUUUGUUUUGAUUCUGGGUGGGUGCGAUCGCAUGGUUCGUAGACCAUACGAUGCCUAUCUUUACAUGGAGAACUUCAUGUUCGGCCGCCAUACCGAGAAGCAAUUGUUGUCCAAGUUCCUGCUGCAGCACGACCAUCGCUCUCCACCGGCUGUUCUCCCCAUCAUCGGUGCUCUUGGAGUUGGGAAGAAGACGCUAGUCGCACAUGUGUGCAACGACGAGAGGGUUAGAUCGCGCUUCCCUGUGAUCUUGCAUCUGCGUGAAUCUGAUCUGUUGACCAUGACAGACCACUCAACUCUUGUUGCAGAGAAGACGACACUGCUAAUCAUCGAGUUUGUUUCGGAUCUGGGUGAGAAGGAUUGGUCCAGGUUUUACUCGGCUCUGGCAAGCUUGGAUAGUAGAAGCAAAGUGGUUAUCCUAAGCCGGUAUAAGAAUUCAGAGAAGUUUGGAACUGUGAAGCCAAUAUUUCUGAAUCCUCUGUCAUACGAGGAGUUCAGCUACCUCUUCAAGACGCUCACAUUUGGGAGCGCGAACCAGCUGGAAUACCCGCGGCUAGUACGGAUCGCGGACGAGUUUGCGAGGGAGCUGCAGUCAGAUUGGUCGCUGGUCACUGCAAAUCUGCUUGCGGACGUGAUAAGAAGAGAUCUGAAUGUUUGUUUCUGGCUCUGCAUACUGACCAGGCUUAGAAGGGUAGUGGAGAGAAACUUGUCCAUGUUUGGUGAACACCCCAAGUUACUUCUCGAGAGAGGUCAUGAAAUAGCUGUCACGGACCUUGUUUUGCACUCCUCCUGUCCGCUUCGCCUCGUCUGGGGCAUCACAGAUGAUGUUCCCAUGAAGAAGAAACCAUCAAAGGUUACAUUUCAUGAACUGUUGAUAGAUCCUGGGGCUGGGAGAAAAGUGGAGUCCGGUCAGUUGACAUGGGAAUCAAGGUUACCGCCUUAUACUUCAUUUCAUCACUUUGUUUCACCUUGUGCUCAAGGUAUGCUUGGAGGUACUACCCUGUCACGACGGAAGCGUCGAGGGGUGCCUUUCUAGCCUUGUAACAAUACUCACACCCUAAUGUAAUGGGGAAUUGUUCAACGGGUUUGCCUAGGAUCAGCUACUUAUAAUUGUUGAUUGUAAUCCUGUUUUUCGGAGAUGGGGUAUGGGUGUAUACCAUUUUACCUUCUUUUUAGGUGAACCCAUAAAAAAAUUAGUACAAUAAAAUAGUUGUGUGCAUCAAUUGAUGCAGCUAUAGGAGGCUUUGCCUCCUUUUCAAAGGAAAAUGUAAUAGAAAAAUAUAUACUAUAAUUUCUACGGAUGCACACUU